CGCCGCGCCGGGCCGGCUCGCUGCGCUGGGCCUCGCAGGAGGCGCGGCCUCCGUCGCCGGACGGGCGCGUCCCCUCGCCGGAGGGCGGGCAGCAGCUUCGGGCGGCUCCGGCGCUCGGUGGGUCUGGCAACCCACUGGCGUCGGGCGCGGCCCCGCCCCCCGCGGACGCGCCAGCUGCGCCGCCUGGCGAGACGCAGGAAGCGGGCCACGCCCGUCGCGUGGGGCUUUUCGGGGGAGACGCGGCGGAGCUCGAGAUCGCCGUGCAGCGGACCCACGAGUUCCGGGUGCGGCUGCUGAGCCGGUUCCGGACCGCGCGCGUGGCGCUGUCGAAGCUCGGCGCAGGCGGCCGAGGCGCCACCGAUGCCGAGGCAGGGGGCGAGCUGGUGGUGCCUUGGGCAGACCUGCCCGAGAGGAUCGAGAAGGUGUUGUCCUUCACUCGUCCGGACGCGGCCCGGGUCACGGAGGUGCUGAGAAAUAUGGGGUCGACGGAGGGGCUCGAUUUGACCUCUCUGCUGACGGCCCUGCGCUUCGCGGCGCCGACGGCGUCGCUGCUGGAGUUUGGGAAGCGGCUCGUGCAGCGGUACCAGUCGGUGGAGGCUGGCCUCCGGGUUCUGGGCCCCGGCAGCGGCGUGGACCUGGGCCAGUUCGAGCAGAUGUGCACGCGCGAGGGCAUCGCCCGCACGGACGCACUGCGGCUCUUCCGCUCGGCAGACGCCGCGCAGCCAGGGGGGGCACGCGGCCACCUCAGUGGAGGCGGCAUCCGCUUCGCGCUCGAGCACUCCCACGUCCUGAGCUGGCUCGAGCCGUUCGCCGGCGCGUUGGUGGCGCUCGGCCCCGCGGCGACCGGGCGAGCCCGAGGGGCGCGCCCUGCGCGGGCCCGCGGACCUGCGCGAGCUCCUGGCGCCCGCCGGCUUCCCCGCGGAGCUGGCGCCGCCGACCUUCGCCUUCCUCCGCGAGCACGCCGCCCCCGGCGGGGUGGCGGCCGGGUCGCUGGCGCGGCUGGCGCGGGCGGCCUUCGGCGAGGGGCAGGCCCAGGCGUGGGCGCCUCAGAGGUUUGUGCACUGCGGGGACGAGGGCAGCUUGGACGAUGCCUCCAGCCGCUCGCAAGAGGCGAUCGCGCACUGCUCGCGUCUACGGCUCUGGGCCCAGUCGCGUUUCGGCAGCUACGAAGCCGCGUUCCGGGCCAUCGCCGGGAGCAGCUCCGACGGAGUGCCGCUCGAGGCGUGGAUGGAGCGCUGUGGCGAAACCGGGCUGAGCGCAGACGCCUGGGAGCUGGUUUUCGGCCACUGCAUACGGUGGCAGCACCCCCGCUGGGACCACCAGCUGCGGGGGCCGGCGCCUAGGAUCUCCGCAGCGGCCUUCGCCGCCGCCCUCGAGGACGCGGCCCCCUGCCGCACGCUGGCGCAGCUGCGCCGUCGGCUGGAGCGCAGGCACGGGCCGCCGCGGCGCGCCUGGGGCGCCCUCGCGGGGCGCGAGGGGCUCGAGGAGGUCCGCCUGCCGCGCUGGAGGCUGGCCAUGCAGCACAUCGGCAUCCCCGCCGCCGACGCGGGCGAGCUGUGGGCGCUGUUGCAGGCGUCCGUGCCCGGCGCGGUGCAGGGCGGCUGUCGAGGCGUUGCUCGUGGCACGUUCCUCGCUGCGAUGCAACACGCCGAUGCCCUCACGCGCCUGCUGGAGCUGCUGCAGCGCGUCUGUCGCGCCCCGUCUGGCCUGACGGCCGCGGCGCCGUUUGCCCUCGAAGGCCUCGACUAUGCCCGGUGGCCCCUGGGCCAGGAGGAGUUCGCGAGGGAGCUGGCGCGGCUGCUCCGCGUGGGCGCCGAGGACGCGGGCCUCCUCUUCGCGCUGCUGGACGUGCACGGGGAGGGCGCGGUGCUCGUCGACGACCUCCUCGACGCCCUGACUUCCAUGCAGGGCGCCUACCUACCCCGAGCCGCCGAGCCGCUGGAUCGCAGCUCGAGCAGGGCGGCGCCGCCAGAGCGGGAGGCGGCGGCGCAGCGUCCGCAGCAGGCCUCGCCGGAGGCCGUCGUGGCCGGCAGGCCGCAGGCGCCAGCGAGCACCACGCCCAGCAGGGGGCUCUGCACCCCGACCCCCCUGGCGGCAUCGCAGUGCACCAGCCCAGACCAGGUGGACCCGCGCAACUUCGUCCGGGCAAGCAACACGCCUCGCAAGGGCCGGCCUGGCACGUCGCUCAACCUGGCCAUCGCCUCCACCGCGCUGCCAGAGGACUCGGACGACAGCGACGAAGGGUCGGCCGACCGGAGGCGGGCACUGGCCGGCGGGGCGCCGCCUCAGCGGCCGUGGACGUCCAUGUCGGGAGCUGCCGCCCGGCGGCCCGCGGCGCGCCGGGAGGCCGGCACCACGCUGCGGGGCGCGCUGGGGGGACCAGGCCCCGAGCGCCCCCAGGGCGUGGGCGGGCUUGCCGCUGGGCGCUGCAGCGUCGGGGCGGGCGGCGCCCUGUCUGCACGCGCGUCGGUGACCUCGGUGCCGCUGCAGCCGCAGGGCGCCGCGCAGCGCCCUUGGCCUGCCUCGAGCGCUCGCGGCGCCAGCAAGGACGCGGCCGCGCACCUGCCGCACCUCGACCAGGCUCGCCAGCCAGAGGCGGCGCGCGCUGCCAGCGCCGGGCGCGGCGAGCGGGGCGCUGCCGCGUGGACCGGGCGCGCCGCCAGCGCCAGGCGCGGAAGCCCACCGCGAGCUGGUCUCGGCGCCAGGCGGCACGCAGGCGCAGCCGGUGCAGGUCGAAGGCCAGCCUCGGGCGAGGGCCCGCGGAGGCAGCGCCAGGGCGAGCUCGGGCUGGCCGUGAUUGGCGGCGGGCGCGCGGCCAGGCCCGCUGUUGGCGGCUAGGCGUCAGAGCGGAGCAUGGCCCCAGACCUCCCGUGCUCACCCAAUUGCCCCCGUUCUCUCGAGCUCUCCACCUUUCUUCCGCUUCUGCCAGUGCCCGGACUAACUCGGGCGCGGUGACUUGGUCCAGUCCCGGCGCUGGAUCGCCUCGUGAAGUCGCGCCGGCAGAAGCUGGUCAGGGAUGCGUGAGGGUGCGGAGCGUUUUGUGCCGACGUUACGCGGAACAACGCGUUGAGGGCAGGACCGUUUUCGCUUCAGGAGGCCUUCUGGCGACCAAGUUUCACAGCAGGCAGCAUCCAAGUAACGUUUUCACUUCGGCCGCCUUCCAGCGGCCAAGUUUCACAGCAGACGGCGUCCAUGUUUCACCCUCCUGCCUUGAGGCGUCCGCGCUUGGCCACCGCCCAGAAAACACCGAACACAUAGGCGGCCUCUACGUUAACGGGCAGCGCCUGACUCAGACGCUGCUCCUGGCCCACCCGCCGAAAUCUUGCUUGCGUCUCACCUGCUGUUGGCCGUCGUCCUUCGGACAGCGGCAGCGGCUCGAUCCGUACCGCGGGCAGGCGUCUUUCUGCCCGCAGGCCUCCGCGCGAGCGGCGCCAUGCUGCAGCCGAGCACACGGUGCCAAUUCUUCUUGGGGCACCUCCGCGCGCGCUGAGAAAAUACGGUCGAGAAUGUAUGAUUUUGAAACCUCCCCGC